AUGAACGCGGCCGACUUCCCCUGCCUGCGAGGCAUGUGCACGCUGCCGGCGCCCAGCCCCGCGGCCGCGGCCAGCCCCGGUUCACCCGGGCCGGCGCGGGGGUCUCCGCAGGCUCCGCCGGUGAAGCCGGAGCCGCGGGGCGCUGGGAGCAGCCCGGCCCCGCCGCCGCCGCCCGAGGAGCCGCCUCCCACCGCCGGGGGCCGCCGGAGGAAGCGGCCGGUGCAGAGGGGCAAGCCCCCGUACUCCUACAUCGCCCUUAUCGCCAUGGCCAUCGCCAACGCCGCCGAGAGGAAGCUCACCUUGGGGGGCAUCUACAAGUUCAUCACCGAGCGUUUCCCCUUCUACCGGGAGAACCCGAAGAAGUGGCAGAACAGCAUCCGCCACAACCUCACCCUCAACGACUGCUUCGUCAAGAUUCCCCGGGAGCCCGGCCAUCCCGGCAAGGGCAACUACUGGACACUGGAUCCGGCUGCAGAGGACAUGUUUGACAACGGGAGCUUCUUGCGCCGGAGGAAGCGCUUCAAGCGCACCGACAUCACCACCUACCCCGGCUACAUGCAGAACUCCAGCGCCUUCACGCCCCCGCCCGCCGGCCGCCCCACGGCACCCGCAGCGCCCUACCCCAAUGCCCUCUGCUCGCCUGGCUACGGCCCGCAGCUCUCCAGCAGCGUCUUCCACCCCUAUGGAGCCGGGGCAGCGCCGCCGGCACAGCAUCCCAGGAUGUUCAGCAUCGACAGCCUCAUCAGCGGGCAGCAGGCCCUGCAACCCUCACCGCCCUCCGAGCUGGGCCACCCAUCGCUGGGCUUGCCCGGAGCCGAACUGGCUCCUGCCUGCUCUGCCGGCAGCUCCGAGCCUCCCUGCUUCCAGGCGCAGCCUGUCAGCCCCGGCUUGCUGAGCCGGGCCGGUCCCAACUCCCUGGCGUACCCCUACGCCGCCUCGCCCCCACACCUGCCCGUGGCUCAGGGCAGCUACUCGCCCAGCAGCCCGCAGCUCUACGGGGCUCCCAACAGACUGGCCCUGCCGGCCAUGCGGCCCCCGGCCUGUGCCGAGCACGGCGAGCAGCUCCUGGGGCUCUCCGCGUCACCCCUGGGCCAGUUCAGCUCCAGCAACACCUACAUGAGGCAGCCCAACUUCCCCGCUGGCCUGGAGCGGUACAUGUGA